AAAUACAAUUUCUUACAUUAAGCUACUAUAAAAUCAAGAACCUUAAAACUAUGUCGAAACCAUCAUUUGAUCCAGUCAACAAAAUCUGGCAUGGACCAAAAGUUCCACCAAUAUACAAUCCCGAUCAGAACCUUGGACAACUAAUUCUUAAAAUCUUGCAGCAAACUCCAGACUCAGUGACUCAAAUCUCAGCAGACACAAAUGUGUCAGUGACUUGUCAGCAAAUGUACGAUCGAUCCAUAAAGAUUGCAAAAUAUUUGACAAAAUGUGGAAUAAAGGAAGGCGAAUUAAUUGGAAUUGUUGCUACAAAUUCUGAAAAUCUUGCACCAAUCGUCUUUGCAAGUUUCACAUUGGGACUUCCAAUCAAUCCAUUAUCACCGAUCAUGAAUGAAAAAGACAUCAUUCAAAUGUUUUCAAUGACGAAGCCAAAAAUGAUUUUUUGUGAUGCUGAAAAUGUGAAAGUUGUGCAAAAUGCUGUGGAUGAGAUGAAAAGUGAGGCAAAAAUAUUGACUGUCAUGGAUAAAGUUGAUGGAUAUGAGUGUACAACUGAGAUUUUGAAGGAUAUGGAAGGCCAAAGAACUGAUUUUUUUCAAUUCCCAAUAAUUGACUCAAAUUCAAUAGCAGCAAUUUUAUGUUCAUCAGGAUCGACUGGAUUUCCAAAAGGAGUUUCUAAAUCGCAUAAGCAAAUAAUCACGAACUUUCAGCAAUUAUGGCCAUCAUCACAUCAAGGUGGACCAAUUUUCCUUCAAGGUUCUCCGAUCUUUUGGCUAAGUGGUUUCUAUGCUCUUGUAUCUUCGGUAUUGUAUCACUCCUUAAGAGUAUGUUCAGUUAUUGCAUUUGAUCCUCAACAGCUUAUUGACACUAUUAACAAGUACAAAGUAACCGUUUUUAUUGUUCCGCCAUUUGUUCUUGUUUCGCUUCUCAAACUUGAGAACUUCAAGCCACUUGAAAGUGUUCAAGUACUUUUUAUCGGUGGUUCAGUCAUCUCUGAGCAACUUUGCAGAAAAUUUAAGCCAUUCUUACCAAAUGGAAACAUUUUAAGUGGCUAUGGAUGUACUGAACAGGACUUUUUGUCUGUUGAUUAUGGAAAUCUCUAUAAUGGCAGCUGUGGAUAUCCAUUUUAUAAUAUCGAGUUGAAGAUCAUCAAUGAACAUGGAAGUUCUCUUGGAGCUAACGUAUCUGGCGAAAUUUGUAGUAAAAUUGCAGUCCAAUUCUCAGGCUAUGUUGGACAUCCAGAAAAAACGGCAGAAUCGUUUGAUGGCGAUUGGUUUAAAACUGGUGACAUUGGACAUUUUGAUGAUGAUGGCAAUCUUCAUAUUACUGACAGGAAAAAGGAAAUGUUAAGGUACAAAGGCUAUCAAGUCACACCAUCGGAACUUGAAAAAAUAAUAAAUGAAAUUAAAGGAGUCUCAAGCAGUUGUGUUGUUGGAGUUUUGGAACCAGAAACGAGUUUUGACAUUAUUCACGCUUUUGUCAUUUUGGAUGAGCAUUGUGAACUUACUGCUGACUUUAUCCUUGAUUAUGUAAACUCAAAAGUCAUCGACGUUAAAAGAAUUCGUGGUGGAGUUCACAUUGUUGACUCAUUUCCGUUGGGAAUGACUGGAAAAGUUGAUCGUAAAAAGGUUCAAAUUCUAGCAAAACAAAUCGAGUCUUUAGGUUGA